AUGGCCAUACAGGAGGAUGUUGCAACUAAACCCAAAUAUUAUACACCACAAAUAUAUCCCUUCUUUGAAUUAAAAGUUAAUAACUUUACUGGGUCCACCCACAUGAUAUUCUAUCUAGAUCAUGUUAAAAAUAUGCAUAAAUCUCCUCUGCGUUUAACCCUUAAGAUAGGCAGCAAUAAAUCGUAUAUUCUAAAGGAGCAAAAUGGAACAUUUUUCCUUGGCGGUCAUGUGGGUCAUUUCUUCGAUGAAUUUGCCAAAUACCAUAAUGCGACCAUAACUUUUCCCAUCGGCUAUAUUGAUGCUUUUCGGUUUGAUGAAUUUCUAGACAACAAUACGUUGGACAUGUCUCAGCAACUGGAAUUGAAUAACUAUAAAAGUGGUCGGGUACAUAGUGACAACUAUGCAUUUUUGGAUUGGUGUAUCAUGGUGCCGACGGAAAGUCCCAUACCAGAUUAUAUGUUCUAUGCCAUGAUUUUUGAUGUUCGUAUAUUAUCUCUGAUUUUAAUGACAAUGCUGUGCCUGACACUUGCCAUUGAUUUUACAUUUUGGCUGGAAGGCAAACCCAAUAGUCUUUGGAAUAUCUUCUUGAACAUAUAUACCUUCAACGGUAUGUUGGGUCAACCAUUUCAAAUGGAAGCAACUUAUUGCGGUUGGCGUAGCAUUCUCUAUGUAUUGACCUGUUUGGGUGGCGUUAUGAUAAACACCACCUUCGUGACAUAUCUACAAAGUUUCAAUGCCAGUCCACCCACGCUGAAUCCCAUCAACACUUUAGAGGAUGUCAUGGCCCAUAACAAGAAAAUUCUAAUGUAUGCCGAUGAAUUUUAUCGCAUGGACAACGUUACAUUUCCCGACCUUGAUCUAUACGUUAAAGUUAUAACUGUUGUACCAACAUUUUACGAAUUUUACACAUUACGUGAUAAUUUCGAUACUCGUUACUUAUAUCCGGUGCCGGAGGUUCAAUGGGCCCUCUAUGAUGAACAACAGAAAUUCUUUGCCAAACGUAAAUUUCGUUUAUCCGACGUUUGUUUCGUGCGGAUGCAUGGCCAAAUGAUACCAAUGCAGGAGAAUUCGCCAUUCGAGGAAGCAGUCAAUGACAUGAUUGGUAUAGCCAAUCAAGCUGGUCUAAUCAAACAUUGGAAACAAAUGUCUUUCAUAGAGGCAAUUCAAAGAAAACGCAUUAAUUUGACGGACUCCAGUCGAAAGAUG